AUGCUUACCAGGUCCACCGUUGUUCUCGGUCAUACAUUGAUUCUCAGAGUAUGGAAUGACAGUACAAUUGUUUGGUUGCUCAUAUUCGCAUUGGGAGAUCACUGGUUUAUUAUCGAUACAUUGGUAGAGUUUAUCGUAGAUUUGAUAGUUGUUGGUGUAGAACAAAUCAAACGAUUUACCUUUGCAUUUGUCGGCGGUUUCAUACUCGUAGUAGAAGCUGAAACGAACUGCAUUCUCGGGGUAGUGCUCACCGACUGUGAUCGAACCGACUGUGUACUCAUUGAAUGCAUUGAUCAACAAACACUGAUUGAUAUCGUAGUCGUAACUAUCGUAGAUUUGCGAAGCACUGCAUUUGCUAUCGGUGUAGUAACUGAUGUUGACUGCUUUGUAACCGCUGGACUCGAUAAAGUCGAUAUAGACAUACGUUUUAAAUCAUUAUUGAUUAGAGCUUCUUCAAUAUUCAAUCAUUGUUAUAAAAGAAGUAAAGAAAAAUGUGAAUUAUUUAAUAUUGAUAUUUAUUCUUUUAAUGUUUGA